AUGGAGGCCACCACCACCACAAUCGGGACCCAGGGUCUCAACGGGCAUCUGCAUGAAUUGGGAAGAGCCGACGGCAAUGGAAGGGCCCAAACAAGCAACCACGUCAAUGGAAGCGGGCUCCGUCCUUUACUUCCAUACCAUCAGGGUCUCCUGCCUCAAGUCACUCAGCAAUCCUAUCCGUCCGAGAGAGACCCCAAGAUCCAUCUGAAAGGUCCGCCCAGUAUCUUGCCGUCGAGUUCAAUCCAUUUCCGCCAUGCUUCGGACGGGGGUUUGACCUCGGGUUCUGUUGGCUCUCGCGAUACAAGGAGUAGCGUGAAUGGGGUCGAUGCUAUGUCGCAUAAUACUAGUCAUGCAUCCCAUGAUGGUACUCCCGAGGAAUCGGCCACGACGGCGUCGAUGACCUCUUUUACAGAGUCGAAACCGUCGAUGCCACCGUCCAUCCUUGCUAAUCAUUUCUCUUCGCCCGACUUGCGGGCAAGUUCCCACACCACUGACUUUGUACCCGGCUCUCCGAGGUACCGUCCAAAGUCAUCCAUCCCAUCUAGGCUUCCCACUGGGGUCUAUGCGCAGCAGUGUGUCGCGGCAGCGUAUGCCUCUCGACUAGACCCUUAUGCCCUCCAUAAGAAAGAACAGGAAGCGUUGCAAGAUUAUCUGUGUCAUCUCCAUGUCACCGUUUACCUCAAUAUCCGAAACGGGAUUCUUCGACUCUGGACCCGUAAUCCGAUGGUAAGCGUGACCAAGGAGGAAGCCAUGGGGUGUGCCAAAGACUAUCGCUGGAUGAACCUGGCCGCCUUCGCAUUUGAAUGGCUCGUGCGAAAUGGAUAUAUCAACUUUGGCUGUGUUGAGAUCCCCGCGUCCCUAGCGACGCCCAAGAAAGGCCGGCACAAGGAAGGCCCGCUCAUCGUGGUAGUUGGUGCCGGGAUGGCGGGUCUGGGAUGUGCACGACAGCUAGAGGGCCUGUUCAACCAGUAUCGGGACUCUUGCGUGUCACCACGGGUGGUUCUCGUGGAAGGACGACGCAGGAUCGGAGGUCGUAUCUACUCGCACCCUUUACGAAGCCUCCAACCGUCUGGAAUGCCACCUGGUAUGGUCCCCAAGGCUGAGAUGGGGGCGCAUAUUAUAGUAGGGUUCGACCAUGGGAAUCCGUUAGACGCGAUCAUUCGGGGCCAGUUGGCUCUUCCGUACCACUUGUUGCGAGACAUCUCGACUAUCUACGAUAUAGACGGAUCGCCAGUAGACGAAGUCCGGGAUGCGAUGGAUGAAAGGCUUUACAAUGAUGUUCUGGACCGCUCCGGGUUCUACCGACACAAGUCUGUCGUCGUGUCGACCGCGGAGGGUGAUCGGGAUUUCAUUGAUUCCGGUCGCGACGUGGUGGCCAGUGACGGUCUGACCGUAAGGCAAUACGAAGAAGCUAGGGCAGCUGGGACCAUCGAGUCAUUGCUUCCUGCGAAACGGGUGCGUCGAGGAGUGGGCCAUAAAACCGCCGACAUAAAAGCACCCGGCGCCCCAGUGGCCGAUCUAGGUCUCACCGACGAACAGCCGGCCGCGCUGACCUGCCAAGCGAUGGGAUGGAACUUGAAUAGCGGGAUAACCCCCAGUGACUCGCUCAAUCUGGAUCCUGUUGUUCGAGAAUCAAAGCACCCAACCUUGGGAGCCGUGAUGGACGAGGGCGUGAAACAGUACAGGCGCAUGCUUCCCCUUGCCCCCAAAGACAUGCGUCUGCUCAACUGGCACUUUGCCAAUCUUGAAUACGCGAAUGCGGUGAAUAUCAGCAAGCUCAGUCUCUCUGGUUGGGAUCAGGAUAUGGGAAAUGAGUUUGAAGGCGAACACUCACAGGUCGUCGGUGGAUAUCAGCAGCUCCCUUACGGCUUAUGGUCACUGCCGAACAAGCUCGAUGUACGGACCAACAGAAUCGUAACCAAGAUCUCCUAUGACCCUGCAGACAGGGCGACUCAGAGAGCGGUAGUCCAUUGUGAAGACGGAGAGGUGUUUGAGGCCGACAAGGUAGUUUUUACCGGUUCGUUGGGCGUUUUGAAAAGCCAGUCGAUUCAGUUCUCACCCCCGCUGCCCGACUGGAAGCGUGCAGCCAUCAAUCGCCUUGGCUUUGGGGUUUUGAACAAGGUGAUUCUGGUAUUUGAUCAGCCCUUCUGGGACACAGAACGCGACAUGUUUGGUCUUCUUCGCGAACCGAAGACGCGGGAUAGUAUGGUCCAAGAGGACUACUCUGCUAACCGUGGCCGUUUCUAUCUCUUCUGGAACUGCAUGAAAACCACCGGACUUCCGGUCCUGAUCGCUCUUAUGGCCGGAGAUGCGGCCCUCCAGGCGGAGUGCACGCCAGACGCAGAGCUCGUUGCCGAAGUGACCAGCCAGCUCCGCAAUGUCUUCAAGGACACGGCUGUUCCCGAUCCGCUCGAGACUAUCGUUACGCGCUGGGGCACAGACCGGUUCACGCGUGGCAGCUACUCAUACGUAGCGGCGCACGCGCUCCCAGGAGACUACGACCUGAUGGCGACCCGGCUCGGCAACCUGCACUUUGCAGGAGAGGCCACCUGUGGUACGCACCCAGCCACCGUGCACGGGGCCUACCUCUCGGGUCUGCGAGCCGCGUCCGAGGUGAUAGACUCGGUCCUGGGGCCUAUUGAGAUCCCUCAUCCCCUCGUCCCGGAGAAAGGCAAGUCCUUCGAAUCAAACACCUCAACACCCGCAGCAACCGGCCAAAAGCGAAAAGAACCACCCUCGUCCUCCGAUCCAGGAGACCCAACAACAGCACCACUAUCUCCCGCAGAUGCCCGCCGUCAAGCCUACGAUAAAGCCAUGUUAGCCGCCGUCCACGCGGAAAUCGGACCUCCCAUGCCACGACCCGCCCGCACGGGCUUAAACCCGUUCCUGCUAUACCAAAAGGACUACUGGGGCAAGUGUCGGGCGCAGUGUGAUGAGGCGCGCCGCGCCGAGACGGGUGAUCCCAACGCACGCGCUGCCCGGGAUGAAAUCCGCGCCGCCCUGGGCCUCAUGUGGCGCCAGGCACCUGGGGAGGAGAAACGGCCGUAUAUCAAGCAGACCGAUGUCAAUCGGCAAAUGAAUGCGGAGAUCUGUGAUCGUUGGAGACGAUCGCUUGCUGAGUGGGAGAAGAAGGAGCGGAAGUUGAAGGAGAGGUGGUGUAGGGAGCAUCCGUUUGAGAGGUGGAUGCCUGGGGGGUUGUCGGCUGAUAAUAAACCUUCUGGGACGAGUGCGAGUGUCCUGGAUGGUGUUGCCCCUCCCCUUCCUCCUGCAGCAAUAGCACUCGCCACACCCUCAUCCGCCUCCUUGUCUGCCCAUGUCGCCGGACACGAGAGUACCAGCCAUCCUGUCUCGAGCAUGCCCUCUUCCGUCGCAAAGUUCACCAAUACUACUACCUCUAUUACUGCUGCUGUUAAUGGGGGUGGUCAUACGAAUGGCAUACCAUCAACGAACGCAACCCAGCCUAACCCUACUUCUACUCCAAACCUCCCACCGAGCUUCAUUAACGAACAGUCGUUAGAACAAUGA